AAUAUUUUACCUGGUCUAUAUUCUUCUUCUUCUCCUUCUUCUCCCAAACCUACUAAUCAUGAUGCAACAAUAAUACUUCAAUUUUGAAAUAGCAUUUGUGAUUGUUUAUGUUCUUGAUUGUUGAAACCCCAUGUUUAUGAUUUGCUGAAACCCCAUGUUUAUGUUCUUGAUUGUCCCCAAUUUCUCUGCAUUUGUGGCUACAAAACCCUAACCAACUACAAUUUCCAUUGCAAGAUGAACAAUCAUGACCCUGCUGAAUCAGAAUCAAAUACUGGAGAUGUAUCUUCAGCUCAAGCAGUUCUCCUGGGAGCUCUAGCUCCCGGUGUCAACGGUCCUACUUGGAUUACUUUAAAGUCGACUUUUUUGUUGCUGGGUCUCUCUCUUGCUUUCAUGCUGGGUUUAGCAUUCUCUUCCAGUGAUUCAUGGUUGGUGCUUCAUGUUGGGUUUCUUGUUCUAAUCUGUGUUACCCUCUUCUUGCUUCUCAGCUGGUUUCUUGCAGAAACUGGUUUAGUCUCUAUCGAACAUCAAAUGUGUGAGAUGGGCUUACAGCAGAAAGAUAAUCCAGAGACAAACAGAAAGACCAAAUAACUGUUCUCUUAUAAACAUUACAAAAGAAGACAUCAUAUACACACGUGAUAGUGAGCUUUUUGAGGACACUUUGAAAUGUUUUAGAGAAAUUUCAGUUGAAAUCAUUCAAAGUGAAUUGAACAGCAACCAAAUCUUCCAGAUUUCAUAGGAGGAAGACAUGCUGGUUAAUUUUUUUAUCUUAUGUCAAUAACUGUUGAUGUUCUUUUCUCUUUAUUGGUUUGAUUGAUGAACUAGAAAGAUGAGCAACUGGGAAAUUGCAACAACUUAGAUUCUUUCAUGAUCUGCUGACAUGACAGAUUAGAUACAUGGGCUACAGAGAGCAGUGGGCUUAGUAAUAAUAAGAUGGCUUGGCUUGGCAUGCAAUUAUGCAGUUUGGUAUCUGAAUUAAUCGAGAAAAUUGUUGUACAAAUACUUCAACUUCCCUGUGAUUAAGAACCUUACAAUUUUUCUUAUGAAUCUAUUUAGUUAUUACGA